AUGCGCAUACCCUACACCGCGCCUCUACCCAGUCCUACAAUCAUACCAGCAUCGGCAUCGACUCUCUCGGGCGCCCUAACAGCACUAUCUGACUUCCUCACAGCUGCACCGUCAACCAACAGACAGAGUAAUGGCAAGACGGUGAUACUAUCCGGCGCUGGAAUCUCAGUGGCCUCAGGCCUCGCGGACUAUCGCGGGAGCAAUGGCACUUACACUUUGAACAAGACAUAUCGACCCAUCUACUUUCACGAAUUUUGUGCGAAUCACGAGGCCAGGAAACGGUAUUGGGCGAGGAGUUAUCUCGGCUGGACAAAUCUGCAUAAGAGCCGACCAAACAAGGCACAUUAUGCUGUUGGUCAGCUAGGAGAUCUAGGCAGGAUCUCGACUGUGGUGACACAGAAUGUGGACUCUUUCCACCCAAUGGCGCAUCCCACGCUUAGGACUCUAGAACUGCAUGGAUAUCUACGGAGUACUGUCUGCUUGAGCUGCAGGACCGAGUAUAGUCGUGAGAACUUUCAGAAGGAUCUUUCAGAUCUCAACCCUGCAUGGUCGGCUUUCCUGGCAGAGAUGCUGGAGUCCGGAGCCUUGAGCACAGAGAACCCGGAGGAGAGGCGAAGGAGAGGCCUGAAGACCAAUCCAGAUGGUGAUGUCGAUGUCCCUGGGGUCGAGUACGGUACCUUUCGCUACCCUGCUUGCCCUGUGUGCCUGAACAGUCCUCCAGACGGGACCAGAGUCGAGCAGGAUACGGACGGUGCUUGGCUGCCUUCCUCUACUGCUGGGAUCCUCAAGCCGGCCGUGAUAAUGUUCGGCGAGUCCAUCCCCAACCCUGUCAAAGUCGCUGUCGAGGAGGCGGUGGAUGAGGCGAGCAGGAUUCUGGUCCUCGGAUCGUCGUUAGCGACGUACUCCGCUUGGAGGCUGGUGAAGAGGGCCAAGGAGCAAGGUAUGCCGAUUGGUGUUUUGAACAUUGGUGGUGUUAGGGGCGAAGAGCAAUUCUUCUCUUCUUUGCCGUCAGAUGGCUCGGGCAAAGAAGGCGUGAGGUGCUCGCAGCCACUCGAGGAGGCUUUGCCAGCCCUUGUGGAAAGGUUGAUGCAGGGCACGAGCUUGCCUGUGAGCAACGAUAGAUCAUUUCAGCCUGCACCAUGGCGAUGA